AUGGAAAGCUAUGGUCGUAUAUUGCGAAUAUCUCUAACUUUGGUAUCGGAAAACCUCUCUUCGGCUCUGGUUCUACCUAUUCGAAAAAAGGUAACCAGUGCAUCUUGCAGUCCAGAAUUCACUGCCCCAGAACUUAUUGAGGAGAAUCCAGACCUGAUCGGACCAGAAGCUGUCUCCUGGGCCCUAGGAAUAGUUCUAUUCUACAUGCUGGUCGGUGAACUCCCUUUUCAAUCUCCAUACUUUGAUCACAAACGUCGCGGACGUCUCCUUCGAUUUGCCCAACGAGGUCUCACUCCUAACCACAUCAACGCCAUCUCAGACUUUACUCCAGGUUCAAAGACAGUUCUUUCUAAGAAAAUGACUCCCAGUACGUCAUGCAAGGGUUCCAGCAUGAAUGGCAAAGAUCAGUCAGGUGGGAGGUGGGAAGCGACAGUCAACCGUGGGCUUCUGGAUCGAAUAAAAGCCAUUUUCUCCCACAACAAUGAUAGGAAGAGAAGUGAAGAGGAUGUGGAAGACAAUACUCGUGGAAAUGAGUGGCUUCUCGAGGGAGAGAUUGAAACCAACAUCAUAAAUCUGCGCUCCGAUUCAACAGACAGUCUGAAUGCUUUCGGCGAGAAAAAGUGUGACAGUUUAAUUGAGGCACUCGAUUACCUGGCUAGUGUGAAAAAGACUAGCUCCUCAGAGGUCGCAAGGUCUAUUUUGGAGCAACCGAUUGGAGCUCAUUCAGCAGCAUUCCAGAUCUUGCUCAAUCUGCAUAGACAAAAGUCCGGAGUCUACCUUCUGGAUCAUACGGUUCCCGGGUGGCCUUUACUAGCAUCGGGAUCCUUCAUGGCUUUCAUGGAUCCGGCAAUGAUGAAGCGUCUUGGAGUUAAUGCUAGUGAUGUGGGGUCAUCAUCGGAGAGCACUGUUCCAAGUGAAAAACUUCAGGAAAUCUACUGGUGGUGGUGCCCUAUUCUCCUGAAGUAG